AUGGGCGUUCCAGGGCUUUGGGAUGUCGUGCAUCCCGCUGGCCGGACUCGUUCCAUGACCCAGGUCGCGACGGAGGCAUUCGUCGAAAACAGAGGAGGGAAACGAGGAUAUCGCAUAGGAAUUGAUGCAUCCAUUUGGUAUCACCACGCGUCGUUCAGCAAAAAAGGGGAAAGCCCAGAGCUUCGAUUCCUCUUCUUCAAAUUGUGCAGACUUACCAGACUGCCUCUUAUUCCACUCUUCGUUUUCGAUGGCUGUGAGCGUCCGAAAGUCAAGCGAGGAAGCCGUAUGGGAAAGGCUGGUUCCCAUGCUCUAACUGCUGGGUUCAAGAAGCUGUUGGAACUUUUUGGAAUGGAGUGGCGAAUGGCUCUGGGAGAGGCCGAAGCCGAACUGGCGUGGCUGAACCGACAGGGCGUCAUCGACGCGAUCAUCAGCGACGACGUCGAUGCUAUCGUUUUCGGUGCGGUUAAUACCAUGAAGAACUCAGGCCUUCUUCUUAGUGGCAAUAAGUCCAAACCAGCGCUAGAUUCGAACGGCAAGCGAAGUGCCAGUCAUGUCUGGAGUUACAACGCAGAUGAUAUUCAAAGAAAUCCUAAUGUCGAUCUCUCGAGGGCUGGAUUGGUCCUCAUUGCUUUAUUAUCGGGCGGAGACUACUCUGGGGGUGUCUCGAAGAUUGGGCCCACCGUCGCUCAUGGAUUGGCACGUUGUGGUUUCGGAGAGGAUCUCAUGCGCAUCUAUGAACAGCGUGGGAUUCAAGACAUCAAGCCUUUACUUUCGGUAUGGCGGGAUCGAGCCAACCAGGAGCUGCAAACCAACGCUAGUGGAUUCCUCUCCCGCAGAUCGAAUACUCUCGUUCCCAUCGAUUUUCCGGACUUCAAGAUCAUGGAAAACUACGUCAACCCCGUCACCACCGAACGGCAGAGGCGCCCAGGCGGUGGGACUAUCCGAGAUAGCAAGGUCAUGAGUCUCCCUCGCCUAGCAGCCUUCUGCGAACGCCACUUCGGGGAUUGGGGCUACGAGGACGAGAUUGUCAAGAGGUUUCGAACGCUUCUAUGGGAAUCGGUCCUCAUAUUUCUUCUCCGACAUGCGGCAAUUGAGGCUGACGAACGACAGAAGAGGCGUGGUGUGGUCGUUACGCCCUACGAAGUUGGUACACCUCUAUCCUUUAUUCGCCGGCACUUAGAGAGUUCCAAGACGGACGCAAACGACCGCAUCGCUGCUGCCUUCGUCAACCAAGGUUCCCAACCGGACCCUCUGGCUAACGAGGUGGACGAAGACAAGAACCCACUUCGAAUGCAGAUCGUCGCCUCGCGACAGCAUGUAUCCACGGACCAUACUCUCGAAUAUCGCGUGGAGUUCACUCCAUCCAUCUUCGUCGAGAUGACUCGCAAGGCAUGCAAACUCAAAGCGCCAACAUGUCCUAACAAUCAUACUCCAGCAGUCGAAGACGAAUGGAACGUCAUGUUCGACGGUCCUGCACAGACCAAGAAAAAAGACCCCAAGACACCAGGUCCUGCUCCGGACAGCGCCGUGCGAAUGUGGGUCCCCGGCGUUAUCAUGGAGACUGUCCACCCGAGUCUGGUUGAGGCUGCGAAGAAAUCGGGCACCUGGAAGGGAAAGGGCCGGGCUCCUACACAGCCGAUGGACCAUCUCGACGACGAUUCAGAGGAAGAAGAUGACACAACGCUUCUCGGUGAUACGCCUAGGUCGAACGAUAGUCACGGAGGGAAAGACUUCCGAGCACAAAUUAUCUCGCCUUCCGUUACUCCCGUCGCUGCCUCCGAUCGUGUGGUACCGCCCCAUACUUUCGUGGAUCCUCGCCCGAAUCAGGUUGGCUCAAGCGCUUCGACCUUGAACGUUGCCGCCCAUUCUGGCCAAGCGGUUCUCGGUCAAUCUGACCCAGCGAGGCCGCCGUCUGGACUCUCUAUCUGGUUCCCGAAUCCGGAUGAUCCUGACAUGCUAGUGUUAGAAGAUGGUCUUGAGCUUCCUCCUGUUGCUCAACCGCCACCCAGGCCUACAGCAUCCACCGGGCCGUCUCGUGAAAGAGUGCAGUCUCUUGAAGGCCAACCGCGCGACAUCUGGGAUGAUGCCUAUAACAAGACGAUGCCAAUCGCUUUAGGCUCCUCUCAAUCUCGCAGGGCCGGUCCUCCCAAGAAAACCCCAACCCGCAAAACAACUUCGUCAUCACAAUCCCAGCGUGUGGUUCAACCAGAACAACGCGCUCCUCAGCCUGCCCCCGACUUCGCCGCGCUCUUCGCUGACGAGGAUCCUGUUCAAUCUUCUGGGCGUCAUGCAUCCGACGACGCUUCCAAUCAGGUCUUCGCGCCACGGUCGCAGAGGCUGACUGCUCCAGCUCCGAAGAGGAACCCUCCGUCGCCACCCCGUCCACAGUCGCAACGCGUUGAUCCACCACGCCGUCCCCAACGACAUGCCGAGCCAGUCCCUCCGUCUGAAGACGAUGACUCCGAUGGGCCACAAAACAUAAUGGAUAUCAUCUUCCAGCAGACCUGCUUUCCAGGUUCCAAAAAAGCCAAAAGAGGUCCUGUCAAGAGGCCUGCCACCGGUUCCCCAAUGACGCGUAGGGAUACCCUCAAUAAACCCGCCAAACGGCCGAGGACCCAGGAGUCAGGUCCUGUCGCAGGAACCUCCACUGCCAGACGACCGAGACCUCCACAGCCUGUUCAUCGUGCUCCGCCUGCCAUGGACGACGCGGAUGUUAUCGAGAUUGAGAGCGACGAUGACGAGACUGUCCCGAAACCUACGCAACGAGCAUCUGGCCCUGCUAACAUUCAGCCAAGACACGCUAGACGAUUCCCUGAAACCGGUCCUUCUUCUGACGACGAUGUUAUAGACCUGACUUAGAUGCCCAUAAUCUUGCUAACCCAUUGCCAUUUAUUUGUAUGUAUACAUUUCGCCUUU